CACUGAUUCUUUGAGAAACUGAUGUUUUGGUGUUUAUCUGUUGUGGGUUUAUUGAAAGUUCUUCUCUUUUUCUUUCUUGGUAGAGAAUAUGUGGAGGAGGCUAAUAAGGCGACUAUUAGAAUUCAUGAAUAUCUACAUGUGAGUAUUAAAGUCCAAGGGUUUAGUGAGAUGUGUAUUAUCAAGCGUUUAGUGAGAUGAUUUCAAAGUUGAGAAGGAAUGGAAGAUUCAUGGGACUCUUAAAACUAGCCAAGAAAAUGGUGUUGUUGUUGUUGAUUCAUCGGGUUGAAUAGUUAUGGUUUAUAGAUGUCCAAAAUUGUUGGGUUUGUAUCCAAACUCGAAUUUGCAGGUGGAGAAGCUGUGAGAGGAGCUCAAACCAAUCAGGGAAAACAGCAUAGCUACUCUUCGUCAAAAUUCCUGAAAGAAGAGGACAUUUCUUAGUAUGAAUUUCAUGUUCAUUUCUUUGAGCAUUCUGUUGUAGUUUGAGAUUUGGCUAAUUAUAAUUUGUGACCAUUCAACCAAUUUGGAACUGACACAAGGUGGGAUAUCAUUUCUACUUAAAAAUGAUAUGACUUAGGUGUUGAUUAUGCUAAUCAAAUAGAAAAUUACUAAGUAGCGCUCAUCUUUAGCCGUAACCCAAUAGUAUAUGUCACCUUUAAGAAUGGUUGGUUACAAGAUUUGUAUGACCUGAUCUUGGAUUGUUCUAUGCUAAUUAAAUGCACUUGUUUUUCAUUAAUUAUGGACCUGAUGCUUCCAUUUUAGAAAGUGUUAUCUUAUGUGUAGCUAGCUUGUACAAACAAUUGAAUAUGGUUGCCUUUUGAAUUUAUGUAUGUGUAGUGUACACUGUGUUAUUGCUGUUAGUGGAGGAAAAUGUUCGCUACCUGUAUCCGAGAGACACAUGCUAGCUAAUUUUUAUUUUCAUUUUAAAUGAGGUCAUGCAGGUAGCCCCGGUGCAUAUAUUUGUGUUUCACUUUGUCAUUUUAGAUUGGGAACUGGAACUCUUAUUCUUUCCAUCUUCAUAAAAGGGUCUAGGCUACAAUAAAUAGAUGGACCUCAUAUAGACCCAUAGUAUGGGUCAGAUAAAGAGUACGUAGAAAGUUUUGCAUACGGCAGCCAGACAUGCAGACUUGAACUUGUAUGGAAAGGAUAUUUUUCUUCUUUUGGUCUGUUUGACCCUGUCUAGUGCAUUUCGAUGUUUUAAUUGCCACUGCUCUCUUCACUAUGAGCUCUAUUAAACUAAUAUGGUGAUGUUUUCUAAAGGAGCCUAAUUUUUUGGUAUUGUCCCUGGUUCCAAAAGAGGAAUAAUGGCUUGAUGCUUACUUUGUGUUUCAAUGGAACACAUUGCUUUAAUGACUUUAUUUAGUAUUGUUGUCUCUUGUUACAUGAACUUGGUAACACUUGCAUUUAUUUGUUUAAUUAAAAUAAAGAAUGUCUUUACAUUGUCAAAAAAGACCAAGACAUGUUGAUAAUAUGAAGGAAGUAAGUCACGACCACCAUAUUCAUUUUUAUUUAUUUUGUAUAUGUAUAUGUCACUUGCCAAAGGUUAUGUAUGCUAUAUUUUUUUCACAUCAAGUCGUGGAAAUAUAUACAAUGAGUUACUGUGUGAAAAUAUUAUGAGCUGUAUCUUAUUUUAGCAAAAGGGAAAUGUAAAUCCAUGGUCCUGGUGCUAACUGUUGAAGGUCCGGUAAGUAAUACUACCACAUUUCCUUUUGAGAGAAAAUAAAGAUAAUUUGAUAUGUCGCAGGAUCAGACUGGCAUGCGCUGCCAAAGUUGUUAUGAACUUAAGCGUCUUAGUGCUAUUUGUUUCAUUUUUUUCUCCUCCAUUAUAGUUAUCCACAUGCCGUCGUGCUAAUUUCCUUAUUGUUUGGGAAUUUGGCUAUAGCAUAUCUAGUGUGCAGGAAUGGCUUGUGUAUCUGUUUGGUUUCAUGGAUUAUACAAAUGAAGACCAUCCCUUUAUUAAUAAUUAGGUAGAAUCUGCUUGUACAUAAAAAAAAAAAAAGAAAGAAAAGAAGCAAAACCUAGGUUUGGACGGGAAAGAGCUCCGGUUUUUUCUCCCUUUCUUUUCAGUUUGCGUUUUCUUUUGAUUUUGCGUCUUCAUGGCGCAAAAUCAAUCUUUUCCGCCUAAUUUAGGCGAUCAACCUAAGAUUCAAUAUCACGCUCAAGGUCGUUUCCUUAACAACGCUGAUCGAUCACAAUUCUAUAAGCCGAAGGUAGCUGCUAAUCCUAACCCUAGUUCUGGUAACACUAGGAAACCUGUUGAAGAUGGCAAUAAGGAUGCGGGUGAUGGAAACAGAUCCUAUGCUCGGAAUCAUGUUAUAUCAAAGAUUGAUGCGGAUUCUUUAUCACAUCCACUGGCUAGAACAUCCGUUACCAGGAAACCUGUUGAAGAUGGCAAUAAGGAUGCGGGUGAUGGAAACAGAUCCUAUGCUCGGAAUCAUGUUAUAUCAAAGAUUGAUGCGGAUUCUAUAUCACAUCCACUGGCUAGAACAUCCACUGGUGAAGUUUUUAUUACGAUUCCACGUGAAACUCACGCUAGAAUCAAGGCUGUUUGGGAGUUUAGCUUAGUUGGUCGUUUAGAUUUUAGAACCCUAAAGUUUGAAGCUGUUAAAAGAGAGUUAUUGAACCAAUGGAAGCUGGGUGGCUCCGUUCAGUUUAUUCCAUGGGUUAAGGGAUAUUUUGUUAUCAAGUUGGACAAUGAAGAUGAUCGCAAAAGAGUUAGCUAUGAUGGUCCGUGGAAAAUUAAUGAUCAACAACUUAAACUUCAGCCAUGGACGUCAAUGUUUGACCCUGAAUCAGACAAGGUAACUAGGGUUGCUGUUUGGGUUCGAUUUAAAGCUCUUCCAUAG